CCAGCAUGUCAUUGGAGUAUGGGAGGAAACCAGAGCACCUGGAGGAAACCAAGGCAUUAUUUUAAAUGCAAGCCAACAAGGUGUACGGGUCAAUUUUCCGACUCGAGGAACAGGGUGAGGGGGAGCUUUUGCUGCUGAAAAUUGCACCAGCUGCUCCAGAAACGAUGCCUGGUAGAAAUUGGUUCACAAUGCCGCCAAAACGUUCCAGCACAGAAAUUGAUUGCACAAUCAUUAAAGAAGGAUGUCUCAUCAAGUCUCCACCUUCAUACUUAUUCAUUAAAAGAGCAUCAUGGAAAGGACGCUUUUUUAAGCUCUGCAAAACUGCAGUGGGUUCCUACUUCAUCCGCUAUUAUGCCUACGAUGGGGUGUCGAUGGAUUAUAAAGGGGAAAUUCCUGUUUGCGACAUAAAAUCUAUCGAGUUAGGAACUAAUGCAAUGGACAAGAAUAUGACCACCAUCACAAAUUUGUUCAACAACAGUCCACGGAAUGUUCUCUGCAUCAAAACUAACAAAAGGGUCUUCUACCUGUUGGAUGAAAAUGAGGAAAACAUCAAAAAUUGGCAGAAAUGUAUCACAGAUGUCUGGGUCAAAAUCAACCAAACAGAAAAUGUGGACGGACCACAAAUUAGACAUACAGUCCUAGUUUCCCCUCCACCAGAGCUCCCUCAGCCUAGGUGGCCUAGAGAAUUCAGAUCCUUAGCAGUCUAUCCAGUCCAAACCCGCCAAGCAGCUGUGCAAUUUGUACGAUCUGAGAUAUAUCAAAAGCAAGCAGUGGUGAUGAUUCCAGACUUGGAGACAGGAAAGAAGGACAAGGAGCCAAUUGGUUCAUUUACUGAUGAGAAGCAUGUUGAUAAGAGGAAAGAACAGAGUGACAUUGAGGAUGAAACUACAAGACCCAAAUCCUACCCCGUGGACCAUCCCUACUCUUGCCCACCUGUGCUGGAUGAUAGACAACGAUCUUACACUGAUCCAAAUUCAAGGAAAGAAAUUCCGGACUGCAAGCCUUUAAAUCUUUUGAUGACAUUGCCCAAGCUAACCGUAGAACGAAAGAGAUCUCAUACAUGUACUGAAGCCAGGAUCCCCCUAAAGAACGAGUUUAGAAGAUUGUCUCUGUCAGAACAGCAGGAGACAAGCAGCGUAGAUACGGCUUACUACAGCGACACAGAAAUCUAUGAUGUACCAAGGCCUGGGCUUAAUCGUAUAUCGCAAGAUUCUACUGAGGAGGAGGAGGAGGAACGCUUUGAUUCCCCAGAUGAGAACGUCUAUAUGUGCAUGGACCAAAUACCAUCACCACAAGACUCUUUCGAAGACUCAGAGACAAAUAUUGGGGACUCAACAGGCCAAACGCAGAACCCCGUGGAUGAACAGAAGAGCUGUUCAGAGGAGCAGAACAACCACUGUCCACCAAAACCUCCCCGGAAUUCCAGAACUAUAGAACCAGACAGGUCCCCAAAACCGCAGGGAAGUCAGCUGAAGAGAGCUUACAUUCUGAAAAUGGUGUUUGAACAUGAUUCUUCGGAAUAUGUGAAAAUGUAUCUUACCAUCCCAACGGCUCACCUAAGGAACUACUUCGAUCUUCAGGAGGUCGGAGAACGCUUAUGUGUGAGUAAGUGGAAGGGUCCUGUAGAAAUUGGCUGUGUGUUCCACCAUGGUGAUCACAUCAAUGAAAUUAAUGGAUUUCGACCUGAAAGCAAAGAUUUCUUUUUUCAGAUGCUGAAUCUCUUCACAAGAGACGAGGUGAACCUGGUGGUCACUCGUAAUAUGAAAGCUGGAGUCUUCCACUUAGAGGGCUGCAACUGCGGAACUUCAUGAGAGGAGCGCCACCUGGAGGAGGAAAGGAGCACAUAAGAUAUCUGUCCAUUGGCAUAGAGCUGGACCUCUCACAAGGACGGCGGGUCAAUUCUGCUCCGGACUGUGCAUGCUUUGCUGAGCAGAGAACCCAAUUCUUAUAUAUACAGUAUAGUACAUGUACUAUAAAAUAAGCGACCAUUCCAAAUAUUGCAGCAAAUGGUUUAUGUAAGGUCAGUUAUACAGGCCGUUCCAUGCUGUGAUUGAUGGACCUACCUAUGUGAUGUCACGUUCCAGGGAUACCACAGUCUACGUACAGAGCUACUCUGUCAUUGCAAGUACAUACAUGUGUAUGAUCUACAGAAGUGUUUAUAUGAUGUCAAAUCUUGUAUUAUAUUUAAUAUAUAUUUUAUUAUAUGAAGUCUGAUGGACAAAUGAUGUAACAGGUGAUUUAAUACUGUGAUUUGUAAUUCUUAGUUACUAGGCUUCCAAAGGUCAGCUAUUGUUACAAUAAUCUGCCACAAACAAAAACGCAGCUUUAUCGACCACUACGGACCAACAUACAAAUAUUUCUUCAGCGUCUUAAUGCGUCGUGAAAAAAUAAAAAUAAAUUAUAUACCGUAUUUAUCGCGGUAUAACGCGCUCCCACGUGUACCGCGCACCCCUUAAGUGGCCCCCAAUCCUGUGG